AUGUAUCUCUUAGAUUUGUCCAACAAUAGCUUCACCGGCUCCAUCCCUCAAUGUUUGGGAAAUACAAUUGGUGGUCUCGCAACGCUAAGUAUGCAAAACAACAAUCUCAGUGGAAGUCUUCCUCCAGAUUUAUUUGUCAAUGCAACCAUCUUAUUGUUAGUUGACGUCAGCAGCAACCAGUUGGAGGGAAAACUUCCAAAAUCAUUGAUCAACUGCCUUUCUUUGGAGCUUUUGAGUGUUGAAAGCAACAGAAUUAAGGACGAGUUUCCAUCUUGGUUGGGUUCUCUGCCGUCGUUAAACGUCUUGAUCCUACGAUCAAAUGAAUUCUACGGGCCAGUGUAUCAUCCCAAUGUCUCUAUAGGGUUUCAAAGUUUGGAAGUCAUCGAUAUAUCACAAAACAAUUUCAAUGGAACUUUGCCACCUUUCUUUUUCUCCAACUGGCGUCUUAUGGCCAUGUUAAACAAAGAAGCUGGAGAGUACAUGAUGGACGCUUAUUUUUUCGUUAUAGUCUCCAUAGUUAGAUUCUUUAACGUUUGGUGUGAUGUCGUUUUCUGGAAUAAUGCUAUCUGCUUUUGGUGA